UGCAAGGGCCUGACACUCUUUAAUAUUCUUAUAAAUUAAGAGAAAAUAGUGCCAUGCUUUGUCCUUAUCACCGACCGGGCAUUUUUUCAUGGUCGGGUUAUGGCAUCAUAGCAAGGAGGCUGUGGCGAAAUACCGAAAUUUAUAAGAGUGAAAGAGAAAAAAUCAAUCAAUAAUUGUGAUUAUUAACUAUUGAUGUGUAACAGUGUUUUUAAGUACACUUAACAUGGUGGGGUGUUCAGUGGUUGCCUGCAAAAGCAAUAGUGUGCGAAAAGAAAAAAGCAAUAGUGUGGAUGUAACAUUUCAUGCCUUUCCAACGGAUGAUGAAAUACUUAAACAAUGGAUUGAGGCAACUGGAAAAACAAACUGGAUGCCUCACAAAUACUCGCGUAUUUGUUCCAAACAUUUUGAACAACAUUGUGUCGUCAAAAUAGGGAAACGAACUUUGAUCAAGAAGUUUUCUGUUCCAACCUUGUUCAUACACAUUGAAUGUUCUAAAAGCAAUGAAAAAUCAGUGCUGAUUAUGACACCUAGGAAAUUAAAACUUACUUUGCAAUUGAAUCGAACAACGCUUUUAGCCGAGUCACGUCGAAAAACAAUUGAAGCAUUGAGAUCUAAAUGCCGGCGACUUCAACAGAAAAAUGCGGAGUUAUCAGCUAUUAUAGAAGAUUUACAAAAAAAUAAAGAUUUAUUAAUCAAGACUGAGCCAGAAGGAUACUAGCAACUCUGAACACAAACAAGUUAGAUUUUUUGAGGUCAAAUAAAAGCAAAUGGCUGGCUGAAAGUUCACUUUAGACAUAGAAAUGUCUAAAGGACCAAGUUACCAGAAGGUAAGUAUAGUUAUAAAUAA